GUAAAGGGAGAGGCCAAAGUGUUCACAUUUCUCUUCCUUUCACCAUGCGGGCGGCACUCACAGGAUGAGAGCUGAGGACUGACGGGAACCAAGCGGCUCUUCAUAAGAACAUAUAAAGAUACUUUAAAUCAGCGAGGAUUGAAAAAGACAAGCUGGUGAGGAGAGACAACCCGAAUCGGUAUCUAGAUAAACGCAGAACCGCAAGACUAGAGUCGCCAUGGUUACCCUGGACGUCAGGACGCUGGUUGUGCGGAUACUGGAGGUGGUCUUAACCUGCAUCUCCUUCAGCCUGGUGGCGUCGGUGGGCCACAGCACAGAUUCCUUCUGGACGUGGUGCAUGUUCACCUGGUGCUUCUGCUUCUGCGUCACCAUCCUCAUACUCGUCCUGGAACUCACCAGCCUCAGCGAAAAGGUGCCCAUCUCCUGGGAUGACUUCACCACCGCCUUUGCCAUGUUGGCCACUCUGAUGGUGCUGGCUGCGUCCAUCAUCUAUCCCGUCUUCUUCACUUGCUCUACCUGCGGCAGGCAAAUCGGUGCAACCGUGACUUCCUGCCUGGCGUUCAUCCUGUACGCUGUGGAGGUCGGGCUAACCCGGGCUAAACCGGGUGAGAUAAGUGGAUUCCUGUCCACGGUCCCGGGCCUUCUCAAGGUCCUGGAGGCCUUCGUGGCCUGCAUCAUCUUCAUCUGCUUGGACUACAACCACUUCUCGCGGUUCCCGGGGCUCCAGUGGUGCGUCGCGGUGUACUCCAUUUGCUUCAUAUUCGCCCUGCUGGUCAUCGUUUUUACCAUCUGCCGCCUCCUGGCUCUCUUCCCCGCGUCGUUUGACAAAGUGCUGACUGUCUGCAACGUGUUGGCAGUGUUGAUGUACAUCACCGCUAUGGUCAUCUGGCCUCUGUACAGCUUCAGGAACAAUCCCCGGCCGAGCUACUGCCAGAAUCUGCUUUGUCCCUGGGAUAAUUUAGUGGUUAUCACGUUCAUGACUUCUUUUAACCUCGGUACUUACUUGGCCGAUACGGUUUAUUCUUUUAGGCUGGUGUUCUUCAUCAGUAGAAGCUAAGUUGCAAAUCUGUGUCAUAUAAGUCCACAAGGACUUGAUUACGUGAGAGCAGGAGAAUGGUAUGUAAAGCACUUCCUGUGCACGUCUUGUAGAACAUAUUUCACUGUGGUUGAUUUUUUUCUCACUUUAGACCAUGUAUUCUCAGAGUAAAUGACACUGCGUCUAAUUAUUAACAUCUAAUCCCAGCAUCUUCGCUAGUUGUUUUUUUACAGCACAUUUUUCUUAACCUGCAAAAAACUGCAAAAGAAUUAAAUAAAAGUUUGGAUUUAUAUUGCACUCUUCA